UACAGCACGGCAACAGCACGGCGUGUCGCUGGUUGUCGCCCGCAGCGCAGUCUAGCAACCAGGGACAGCACUACCCAGCCAAGGGCUCUGAGCCUGCUGCAACCAGUGCUACCAUGGGUAACCACCAUUACGAAGAGCUCUCCUUCUACCAUGGGGCUGCCAAGCUGGCCCUGAAUGCAGCUCUCAGUCCAUUGGACAAUGCCAAAGUUCUCAUGCAGAUCGGUUUUGAGCCGUUGCCACCGAGACCGACGAAGACGUUGUUUGGUCGCCCAGCGCUGGGCUUACCCAACGUCUUCACCUACAUGUCGUACAUGAGGAAGCGCGACGGCUUUUGGGGCCUGUACCGGGGCUGCACGGCGCGCAUGGCCUGCCAGGUCGUGUCCGGCGUGACCUUCCACCAGGUCACCAGCCGGAUCACAUUCCAGGUCCAGGAAAUGUCCAGGAAAGCAGCCAUGCUUCGCACUCUGCUCGCCUUCAGCCUCGGCUGCGCCCUGAGCUCCCUCGCCAGCUCGGCCGAAAUCGACCUCGACCAGUUGCUGGCCGACAUCCAGCGAGAGCGAGACGUGCAGCCAUAUGUUCCGAACGAGUACCCCGACGACUACUACAACGGCGCCGGCGACCCAGCCCAAACCAUCAUGGCUCGGGUUCGAAAGGGCGCUGGUAACUGCUACGCCCAGGGCAAGUGUCUUUACUACAGCAAGCGCAUGAAAGGGGAGUUCUGCGGAGACUGCGGCAAACGCCCUGGAUGCUUCCCAGGCGAUGCUAGCGUGCUGAAGAAGUCAGGACAGACAGUCAGCAUGGCGGAAUUGAAAGUGAAUGACGAAGUCCUGGCAGCCACCCGAGACGGCGAGCUGACCUUUAGCCCCGUGGUGACCUGGCUGGACAAGAGGUCCAACGACACGACACCCUACCUGGAGAUUCAGGUUCAGCUGGGCCACCGUAUCGUGCUCACCUCCAACCACGUGCUGCUCGUCAGGCAACAGGAGGACCUUGUCUCCAGAUUCGCCGGUGACGUGCGCGUCGGUGACAUGCUGAAGGUGGCGGACAGCGCCGAGGCCGGACGCUGGUCUCCGGUCGUCUCCAGCCGACCCCUCCUCGCCACAGGAGCGUACGUGCCGCUGACUGCCGAGGGAACGAUCGUGGUGGAUGGUGUGCUGGCCUCCUGCUACGCCUCGUUCGAUCACGACUGGGCCCACGCGCUGACCACGCCCAUUCGCUGGCUGCCUGCGCUGUUCGACGGGCCCGGCGACCGAGACGCGGACGGACCCAGAGCCGCCGUCGAGCUGCUGAAGAGCUUCGGACGCUGGCUGUUCCCCGAGCCGGGCUCCAAGAACCGCGCCGCCGACGACCACUCGGUGGUGAAGCUGCCGCUGAUGGCGCCGCUGCAGGCCAGCUCUCAGUAGGCGGCGUCAGGACCGCGCCCCGAGCCGGGCCGGCGCGCGCUCUCCCCAACUGC